AUGUUCACAAACUUCAACCACUCGACCGACAUUCAAGUACAGUUGGGUCCAACGCAUCUUCCGCAACUGUUCACACUUUCUCUUCAACCGUGUCCGUCGGAUUGUCAACUGAAAGACAGUCGUGUUGAUGCUAUUUCACGUCAUUUCUUGCAACAUUGUCGUCUCAUCUUUUUGCCCAGCAAUACACAUUCAGCCUCAUCUUCACAAACCACCGAUCUCAGCCUCGUCAACUACACCACCUUGCAAAAUGAUGGAACAAGUGGUCUUGCAAGACGAUUCAACAGUCUUUUGCAUCUUCAUCUGAGCGAGCACAACAUUUGGAUACAUGAUCUGUUGGGGCAACUGUCGCAAAACGAUGCCACCGACUGGUACAGCAUAGUUGACAGCAAAUUGUUGGACGCUUUGGCACAAUUUGUCGAUGAUUUGUUGCCACAGCAACACAAUGUUUCAACGCGAUCUCAUGCCAUUCUCACGUGUUUGACGGUUGCGCUCAAUUUGUUGGCUCAACAAAUUGACGAUCUGCUCGAGCAUGAAAGGUUGGAGGGGCAAAACGGAUCAUCACCAAACGGUCAUCUUGUUGCUUGUGAUUGUGAAUUUAUGCGACAAACGUCAUUUUUGGACGUCAAUAUCAAUCAGUCCGAUGAUGAAAAUGUACCAAAAGUCGAUAUUGUCCAACAAGAACAGUCAGUUGUGAGAUCCGGUUUCGACGUAGAUGACAAAUUCAAUCAACAAACGGAAAUUGGCGUCGACGUAAGUAUUGCAUGCUUCUACAGAUCGCCAAUGUCACCGCCGAUCGGCGUUAAAUUGGAUUUUUGCAACGUGAGCCUGGACGCGGAUCACGGCGUCUCGGAUCGAGGCAUCGUCAACGAUUCUGGAUCACCAGAAAAGCCCAUUUCAGUCGCUAAGCGGCCUGGAUUUCCCAGGAAACACCACAUUCGAAUUGACAAUUGUGAGUCAUAUUUGGGCGAAAAGUGUCCAUUCAUGAAGGCGGUAGCAUUGCGUGUAGAUCCUCAGAUCAGCUGUCUUUCGGCUCAGAUCGCAUUGACU